UAUUGCAGGAUUGGAUUCUCUCUUAAACCAUUUGUAGCUAUGAACUUACCAGAUGAGGACCUGUGGGACGAGACCAACUGCAGCUCAGAAGCUUGUCAGCAUCCACAAUGCUGGGCAUCUCUCCGACGGAUUGAGAAGGGCCAUCCUAGGAUCCUGGACUCACCCGGCAAAUCUUCCCGGGAGACUGAUGAUAAACUCCCGACACUCACGAUUGUCAAUAUCACGGAUACCUGCCUGUGGACCAAGAAGAGGGUGGCUCAGCGACAGUCACCAAAAUUUACCUUCCCUAAGGAGCGAGAGCGGUCUUUAUUGUUGAAACCAGCUUCCAGGCGUCACAGCAGGUCUCAGAAGGCUUUCCAUGACAAAGGUGUAACCAGUUGCUCUAGACCUCCUAAAGUAAGUUCCAUGAACCUCAGAGAAGAAGGCAAACUUCCUUCUCUGAAGAUGUCAGAAACAUGGGUGGUAACCUGGGUUCCAGAAGAAAUGGAGAAGAACAUGAGCUCAGUUGGAAAGACUUCUGCUUUUUCCAGCUGGCUUGAGAAGAGGAGAAAGAAGCUGGGAGAGAAAAGCAAGCCACCUCUGUAUUUCUCUGGAAGGCAGUAUAUGUCAACAUACUCGAGAAGUCCGGGGGUGAUUGUGCCUCCUCCCUCCCCAGUGCACUUAUUUGACAAAUUAGGUUCCGAAGCCAUACCUCUGUUGGCCCAAGUCGACAUGCUUCCCCGGGAUCUCCUGAAGGAAUGCAUUUUGGCACAUGAGAAAACCAUGACUUGUCCUGAGGUAAAGAUAGAGUUGGCCAAGAUGAAAAAGACUCUUCCUCUGGAAAAGACCCGCCCUGACAGCGCUAUCUCUUCUAAGAUGUAUCUAACUGUGCACCGCCUGACCCUGCAAAGACCAUCGUUGAGGUACCCUGGGCAUCUGAGGAAGCUGCAGUACAACCUGAAGAGAGCCGAAGGAUCUUCAGGUUACAAGAAGCAGCAGAAGGAGCAGCAGAGGAAGGUGAAAACCUCUACUAAAAGUCAGGAGGCUGAGAAGACAGUCAAGAGUGAUGUGGAGAGUGAGCCUAUUUUCCUCUGUUGUAUUUGCUCUUUCCUUCCCCUACAAGUUCUUUGGACAGUUCUAUGGUUCUUGCUUCAGUCAGAAGUUAUAAAGAGAUUGGACUUUAUUUGGUGCCUGCCUCUUCAGCAAUGGCCUCAAAGAGGCCCAAGAAUCCCAUCAAGACAGGAAAGUGAGCUGAAGCAGAAGGGAGGCAGGAAGAGGAGGGGAAGAAAGAUGACUUCAUACUUGAUGAUCUUCCUGCUUCAGCCUCCAGAGGAUUAUGGUCACAAGCUCAUGCCACCCAUGCCUAGCCAUGAUGUGUGGUUUCGCAAUAAGUCUGGGGUUGACUGGACAGUCCAGUCAUUCUUCUCUCAUUUGAGAUCAGUUUCCAUAGAUGACUCAGUGGCGUAUGACUUGGACACCAACUACACAGACUACUACAGCAGUCCAGAGAGUCCGGAACUAUAUGAUUCAGUUUACAAGGACCUGAGUGAUGUGGGCGAGACUAUGCUGGGACUGCUUCCUUCCAGCCAUGAGAGCAGUCCCAGGAGUUUGUCUGGAAGUAUGGACAGAACCGGCUGGAACCCUGAUCUCAAACUGCUGAGGAUUCUUCAGGCCAGUGUUGACGAAGAUGAGGAGACCCAUCUUCUAGGACACAGAGCGAGGCAUCUCUGGAUGCUUAGGCUGGGGAUGUCAUAUGGGCAGGCCUACCCAGAACAGUUCUUGGUAUUUGAGGACAAUGAUCUUGGACAUUGGAUAGAAAAGGGACUUUUGUUCUCUGGAUUCCUCCAACGGGAUGAGGGCUUAGAGACCUUGCUUUUUUCACUUGCUUUACAACUCCAACAUGAGUGAGAAAAAAGCCCCAGUACCGCUAAAUAUAGGAAACUUUUCCAGGGCGGAUUAUUUCCACGAUUAAACCCAAUCCCUUAUCAAAGGACUUGUUCUCUGUUUCCAGGAAGAGAGGAGGUAGGUGUGCUUCCUUGUGUCUGUUUUCUGGGUCCCCUUUAUUGCUCUGAAUCUUUGUAGUGGUAGGAAGCUGGACUCAGCUAUGGGAACCUCUAUAAUAUCCCUACAUACUCCGCUCAUUCCCUGGAGAUGCCUUCUCUUGGUAACGGGGCCUGCACCAUUAUCGAGUGGUAAUCAUUGUGGGCUCCUCCCACCUUAGAGUUCAAUCUUAGCUACAAUAAUUCAAUAUCGAAAAAAGCACUAAAAAUCCAAAAAU